AGCGAUCUCCGAGCGAGGCAGCAAGAUGGACGCGGGAUUCUUCCGCGGAACAAGUGCAGAACAGGAUAAUCGGUUCAGCAACAAACAGAAGAAGCUACUGAAGCAGCUGAAAUUUGCAGAAUGCCUAGAAAAAAAGGUGGACAUGAGCAAAGUAAAUUUGGAGGUUAUAAAGCCUUGGAUAACAAAACGAGUAACGGAAAUCCUUGGGUUUGAAGAUGAUGUUGUGAUUGAGUUUAUAUUCAACCAGCUGGAAGUGAAGGCCUGAACCAAAAUGGAAGUUAUUCCUUGCGUCUGAAGUAUAGCACCAUCACCUUAUUAGGUCACAGCAGAGUGAGUGUCCCAAUGUCGCUCUGACCCAACUCCCUUGAUGAUGCAGUGUGUGUUUGGAGGUGAGUUGUGUAAAGUGGCCGAACAUCAACAACAACAACAACAACAAAAAAACACAAACAGGAAAGAGCAAUUGGGUAAAUCUAUACACUGCUCUUUAAAAAAUACUAUUAUGAGAUGGACGUUUAUGUGAAGCAUGAGGGGCAAUUCUGAUUUGAUUGGAUAUUGUUUUUAAAAUAAUCAAGUAACUGAAGUCUUUAGUUGUAGCUGCAUGUCAGCUAGUCAUCAAUUAACAUUUUAGGCACAGACUUUUUUGUUUACAUUAUGCUUAAACUUCAGACUGAAAUAAAUUGGCAGCAUUAUUAGAACCAGUUAAUAUAGUUAUUUCCUUUUUUCAUUCGUGAGAUAAUAUGAGAUGAUGAUAGAAUUGAUGUUUUGAAACCGUUUUAUUAUAAGAUAGUUUGUUAUUUUGCCACAACAACCCAAGGGAUAGUAAGAUGUACCAUAUGACCUUUUGGCAAAUAUACCAAUGUGAAUUUACCUUUACGUUAAUCCUUUUCCCAAAGAGUUCGCCCUUGUGUUUUGACAGAACAGUUGGCAUUUCAACUGAUAAGGUAUUUCUAUUUUUAAAAUAAUUUGGUAAUUACAUUUUGUUUUGAAUAUUUUUAAAGAUUAAUUUUAAGAAAGCACUUCCUUUGAAAUGUAUACAUUUUACUUAGAAAACAGGAACGUGGGAAACCAUUUUUAAAAUGAUGAUUAAAGAUAGAUUUUAUUGGAGAAAUGCUUUACUGAUUUGUAUUUUAGUGCUUUUUUAAAACCUAAGUAUCUGGUAGUAUUCCCCUUGUAGUGAGCAUGAGAUUAAAGUUUAGAACUUUUUUAAACAAUCUUCUCUUUUUUUGUGGUUGUGUACUCAUUAUUGCUUGUUCGUCUUUUGCAAUUUAGAUAAAUGAUAUAACAUUAAACUCAAGGUGGUUGAGUUGCAGUAGGGAGUCGGAAGCAAGCCAAGGGAACAUCUUUCUCUACAGGGGACUUGGCGAUUCCAAACCCCCAAGGUUCCAAGAAGAAACUGAAGACACCUGGAAUCUGUACUUGCUUUGUGCUAUUGAGCUGUGCUUGUUAUAUGGACCUUGUUGCUUGACCAACAGAUUUAGCAUUUAAAAACCCAGUUACUUUUGAGAAAACUUGACCUCUUAGCCCUUUGUGGACAGUUGAGAAUUUGAGGCAUUGUUAUAAUAGAUUUUCCUUAUAUAGAAUUCAGCCUUUCAGCUUAGUCUUCAAAAGUUACAGAGUGCAUGCAUAACUUGUUAGUUUUCAUAACUGGACGGUAGAUAUUUUAUAGAAAGCUAUCUUACAGUGUUAGAGAAGUGAACAGUUUAUGUACUUUUUCAGUUUCUCUUUGGGGGAAAAUUCCCAGGCAAGCAAACAUUUUCUUUAUUAGUAAAUGCAGGAAUUUGUGGAUGUUCAUGAUGGUUUUUAAAGUUAAUAAAUGUAAGUAAGGCCCACUAACAGCCACAUAGUCUAAAAAUACUUACGAAAUCCACAAAGGAUUAACAGGCUGCUCUGAUGCUUUUGGUAGAGUGAGAGAGAAUUUGGUAAUCUGUGCUAGAGAUUAUAUUGCUGAGAAACUAUUAGGGAAAACUAUUUUUUAAGUAGUAAAGAAUAUAUAUGUAUUUAAGCCCCUAUGGUAGACUUAAAAAAUACUAAUUUAAUGAGUUUUAGGUUGGUUUGGUUGGCUUGUUUUGAAGUAACCUGUUUCUCUUCCUGUCAUGUCUUUUUGCAGAAUCCAGACUCCAAAAUGAUGCAAAUCAACCUGACUGGGUUUUUGAAUGGAAAAAAUGCUAGAGAAUUUAUGGGAGAACUGUGGCCCCUGCUCUUAAGUGCACAAGAAAACAUCGCUGGAAUCCCUUCCGCUUUUCUAGAACUGAAGAAAGAAGAAAUAAAACAGAGACAAAUUGAACAAGAAAAGUUGGCAUCUAUGAAAAAGCAAGAUGAAGACAAGGAUAAGAGGGAUAAGGAAGAAAAAGAAAGCAGCAGAGAAAAAAGGGAAAGGUCUCGAAGCCCAAGAAGACGCAAAUCCAGAUCUCCUUCCCCUAGAAGACGAUCUUCCCCUGUCAGGAGAGAGAGAAAGCGCAGUCAUUCUCGAUCUCCCCGUCACAGAACCAAGAGCCGGAGUCCUUCCCCUGCUCCGGAAAAGAAGGAAAAAACUCCAGAGCUCCCAGAACCAUCAGUGAAAGUAAAAGAACCUUCAGUACAAGAGGCCACUUCUACUAGUGACAUCCUGAAGGUUCCCAAACCUGAACCUGUACCAGAGCCUAAAGAACCUUCUCCAGAGAAAAAUUCCAAAAAAGAAAAGGAGAAGGAGAAGACCCGACCAAGAUCACGGUCACGUUCCAAAUCAAGAUCCCGGACACGGUCUCGCUCUCCUUCUCAUACUCGACCUAGACGGCGUCAUAGAUCCCGAUCAAGAUCAUACUCACCUAGAAGGAGGCCAAGUCCGAGAAGGCGGCCAUCUCCUCGAAGAAGAACCCCACCAAGACGAAUGCCACCUCCACCCAGGCAUAGAAGGAGUAGAUCUCCAGUGAGACGGUGAGGGCUUUC